UCUGCUUUUUAAACCAUCUACAAUGCCGAACCGCGCGAUCUGGCUCGGAGAGGGCGAGCAGGUCUCCAUCCGCGACAUCGAGGACAGCUAUACACCCCAAGAAAGUGAGGUUUUGGUUGAGGUCCUUUACUCUGGCAUCAAUCCUGCCGACAUAAAACAUGCUGUCUUAGGCUUCAGCAAUUGCGUUGCGGGAUAUGACUUCGCCGGCAAAGUCAUUGAGGCUGGGCGCAAACGAACGGACCAUUUCAGUCCAGGAGACCUUGUCUUUGGGUUUUCUGCUCCGGCUUUGAACAAGCCUCAGCAGUAUGGCGUACAUCAGAAAUAUCACUGUGCGCAGCAUUUCAUCUACCACGUCCCUCCCACGAUGCCGCUGCCUGCCGCCUCCUGUCUGCCGGUCAUCACCCACACUGCAGCGGAUGCUCUGUUUAAUCAGCUGGCACUCUCUUUCAGCGAGAAUAGCUGUCCGAUUUUAAUAUGGGGUGCUUCUUCUGCUGUUGGCACGGCAGCAGUCCAGUUUGCCAAGAUGGCUGGUUGCUAUCCCAUUCUGGCGACGGCGUCGGAGAAGAAUCAUCAAGCCCUGCGAGAGCUGGGGGCGACAGAAUGCUUCGACUACCGCGAUCCCAACAUCGUUGACAAUGUCAAGGAGGCCCUCAAGCGGCACUCUGAUAAGCCGCUACAGCAUGUGCUAGACUCUGUGGUCUCUCGCGGCCAGCCAUCCUCGACAGAGCUGUGCGAAGCCAUUGCGGACCCCGGUGCUCGGUUCACUUCGUCAAUACCUGCGACUGAUCAAGCCACUGAGGAAUGGCGGGUUGCAUUCGCUUGCCGCAAUGUAGAUGUCACGCUGUCGCUUCCAGGCGGGGUUGACUUGACGUAUCGCGCUGCUCCUGAAUGGCAGGCGAACAUUGAUCGUGCUACGAAGUGGGCGAUUGAUCACUAUGGCCGGGGGUAUGUGAUGCCACAUGUCCAGGUGGUCAAGGGCGGAGAGAAGGGAAUUGAAGCAAUGAUCAACGUGGCUGCAGGACGGGCUAGUAUGGAAAAGUUUGUCAUUGAACAUCCUAUCUAGAGAGUUAAUUUCCAUGCAAGAUACAGGUUCAUGUCUU